AGUGCUCUGCGGAGUGAGGACGCAUUUCGUGUAAAUAAAAACUGUAAGUUUUGUUUAUUUUUUGUUUCCCACUCAUUUCGAAGUUUUUUUUAUUCGGAGUUUGUGUAUAACAUGUUUUCUUUAUGAACGAUCGGAAUGCCGACUCCAGAUUACAACGUUGACUUAGACCUGGGCGAGCCUCCGCCAGAACUACAGGAGUACGCCCGCCUCCAGUGCGGGGAGGACCCGAACACAAAACUGCAAGCUAUAUACGAACUCCGAGAUAUGAUAUACGAGCGGGGUGAAUGCACUCCAAAACGUAUGGACGAUGAAUACCUGCUUAGGUUUUUACGAGCUCGGAAUUUUAUCCCGCAAAGAGCGCACAGACUGAUGGUGAAUUAUCAUCAGUUCAAAGAAGACAAUCCAGAGUUAUUCGAGAACGUAUAUCCCCUGGAUUUACGGAGGAUUGGAGACACCAACGUCAUGGCUGUACCGCCAUAUCGUGAUCAAAAUGGUCGCAGACUUUUGCUUUAUAGAAUUGGAUCCUGGGACCCCAAAUCUGUUGCUGUAGAAGAUAUCCUGAAGGCGACAAUAUUCGCCUUGGAGCUCGGAUUGUUGGAGCAGCGAACCCAAAUUUUGGGUGGAAUAGCUUUGUUUGAUUUGGAAGAUUUAGGUACACAGCAUUUGUGGCAGGUCACGCCGUCGGUUGCGAGCAAAAUUAUUAAACUUUUAGUCUCAAGUUUUCCCGCAACCACUCACGCCAUACAUAUAAUUAACCAUUCUUGGAUAUUCGAUAAAAUGUACAGCAUAUUCAAACCGCUACUGACAGCGCAAAUGCGCUCGAGAAUCUUCUUCCACGGAUAUGACGUCACAUCCCUUCACGAGCACAUCCAGCCCGACUACCUUCCGGAACGGUAUGGCGGUGUAUGGCCCGACUAUCCGUAUACCAUCUGGCUCGAAUCUUUGAAGAAAAAUUACACCGUUGCCAAACAGGUACUGGCGCUCGGGUAUAAGUUCCGUGAAGAGGAGGUUUGUCCCGAAGUCGUCAGAAGACUAAAGGAGGAAGGUAUAAAAUUAUCGUGAAUCAGUUUUUUUUAGUAAUUGCCAUAAUUUUAUAAUAUGCUCCUUCGUAUUAAUCGUCGUUAUAAAUAAAAUAGUCCUGUAAGAAAUUUAAAUCAUUGCCACUAAAUGUAUAAGUGUAAAAUAUGUUAAGCAUUCGUCAAAAAUCUGUGAUAAGUGUAAAAAGAAUCAAUUGAGUGUAAAAAAAAAAAAAAAACAAAUUAUCAUAAUUUUUUUGUAUAUUCAUUACAUUAUAAUAAAUAUAAAUAACUAUA